GCGCCGAGCAUUCCGGCAACGGUAGACAACGCGGCACGAUCCGAAGCCGAGGUAAUCGCCUCUCGUCGGACAUCCUCACCUCAUCGCAUCCGCUUACAGCGUGUACCACAGAGUACCAUACCGACAGAGUAGAGUACCAUACACAGCGUGCGAAGCUAAGAGAAGCGUACCCGGACAUGGGCGUCGUUAAGACCGCUUCGGAGAGCGUCCUCGAGGAAGUUGUCCUUCCUAGCGAGGAAGCCAAUUACUCCGUGCAAGGUCAUGCCGAAGAAUGGACGGAAACGUUCCCGUAUCAACUGCUGGUUGGAACGGGAGUAGCGCUGAUGGCUCUAUUGCUGUUAGCCGCCGUGAGCUUUCAAUGCUCCUCUACCUGGCGAUGGUUAAUGAGGGUGAGACGUCACAUGAAGGAAGAGGACGCCGAGAGCGACUUAUCGCAGCAGAAUGCUAUACGCAUCAGUCAUUCCUUGCCGGAUCUCCAAUCAGAGCCAAUCACUCACGAGUACGUCCAAGAGCAAAAGGACAGCAAAAAGGUAUUGCGCCAGACAACUCUGCCCAUUGUGCCGAUGAGACACCAGAGCUUCCAGAGGCAACUCUCCCAUCGUCUCGAUCUACCGAUUAAGUUCAGCAUCUGUAGCCUGGAGAAUCGUAGCGAUUCCAGUCUUGGUUUGAUCAAGCCGGAACUUUACAAGAAGGAGGAGGACGCGGAGAGUUCCAGCACCACGGAAAUGGAGUACGCUGGCAAGCUGCACUUCGCUCUGCGCUACGACAAGGAGAUGGAGGGGCUUGUGGUUAAAAUUCUAGAAGCUCGAGAGUUACCAGUGAAGGAUGUAACAGGUAGCAGCGAUCCGUACGUCAAAGUGUACCUUUUACCAGAUCGGAAAAAGAAGUACCAAACGAAAGUGCAUCGAAAGAACCUGAACCCCGUGUUCAACGAGACGUUCAUAUUCAGUGUGUCGUAUGAAGAACUGAGGGAACAGUAUCUCCAGUUUUCCGUGUACGACUUCGAUCGAUUCUCCCGGAACGAUUUAAUCGGGCAAGUGGUGCUCAAGGAGUUGUUGGAUUGCACCGACCUCGAACAAGAGAUUGAGUACACGAUGGACAUUCUGUGCGCUAUGCAGGACAAAGUGGACCUGGGAAAAUUGAUGCUGUCGCUGUGCUACCUACCAACUGCCGGCCGGCUAACAGUGACCGUAAUUAAAGCGAGAAACUUGAAAGCCAUGGACAUAACAGGAUCGUCAGACCCGUACGUGAAGGUGUACCUGCUGUGCCAGGACAGGCGAAUCAAAAAGAAGAAGACCUCUGUGAAAAAGAACACGCUGUUCCCGGUGUACAACGAGAUCCUGGUGUUCGACGUGCCGGCGGAAAACAUCGAGGACGUCAGUCUCAUAGUGAAAGUAAUCGAUUACGACAGAAUCGGCUCGAACGAAUUAAUGGGCUGCACGGCGAUCGGCGCCGAUUUCAUUGGCAUCGGGCGCGAACAGUGGCUGAAGAUGCUGGAGAACCCGAGGAAACCGUUGACGCAGUGGUACCCGCUGAUGGAGUCGAUCCCUGGCCACAUUCCAUCCGUGAGCUCGGAACCUCUGCCCGUGAGCCUGAGCUGCUUGAACAGCAGAUGAAAACAGCACGGCUGGGAUAAGUAUCGCGGGAAGUCGCAGUUCUUGUCGGACGUCGGCUUGGGCGUUGUUUCCUUCUGUCGUCAUUUGAUGCACACCGCUUGACUGACUUAAGUACAAUUUCUAUCUCAAAAAUAGAACGGUUCGGAAGAAACACGACAAACCAAAUGAAAAACCAAAAAAGAAAAAAAAAAAAGAAAAAACAGAAAAUGUUAAAGAAAAAAAAGAAAAAAAAAAGAAAACACACUCUGUGCUUCUUGGAAUAUAAUCACAUGUGGCGAGCGUGAAAUAGUAAACGAGCAGCAAAUCGUGAUAGAUUGUUUGUUAAAACGUAGUACGAUAGCGGAGUCGAUAGGUGGAAGACGAGGUUGCUCAAACUAUCUUUGCAAAAAAGAAAAGUAACAAAAAAAUAUAUAUAUACGUUUAUUAUAUAAAUAUAAAGAAAACAAUGUUAGGGAAGAGAGAAAGAACGAAAGAAAAAUAUAGGAGAAGAUAUAAAAUAUAAAAGAGAUAGAAUAGUUUAUUUUUCGAAGACGAAUCCAGGCUGGUCCUGCGUUCGAGCGUACACACGAAUACGAAAACUGUAGCUUAUCAAUUGUACAACACCAGUACACAUAUAUUUUAUCAAUGAGAGAAAAGAGAUAUAUAUCGACCAAUAAAAUGGUUGUGAAUGGAACGACGCUCCAAGAUGGCGGACCGCGCAAACUGCUCGCUGCUCGAUACUUUCGAUCGAUGCGAAUCGACAGCAAUUCUCCCUUCUUUCCCGGUCGAACAAUGCAAGCACGAAGCCGGGAUAACGACAAGGGAACUCUAUAGAGACGCGCAAAAUUUCCACGAACGAUAUCGGAAAAUAAUUGUCUGGCGGAACAGCGAGCCGAGAAUAAAGAAAAGAAUCUUCGCUAUAUACAGAGCGCUUCGAAGUAAUCGGCGUUGCAGGAACAAAAGGAUCAUCGCGUAGAAUGGCCGAACGUAUCAGAUUCAACACGAAAUUGUUUCGCGAUCGCGAUUGUAACGCUCGUCGCCGAUUUGAAAUUUAUUCGUACGUCGUAUUAUGUUUGCUUCCUUAAUCGUGGCUGAAUUAUAUAGAUCUCUCUCUCUCUUUACGAUUUAUUUUUUACAUCCUUAACUAAAAAGAAUACUUGCGAAUAAAUAAUUCGUACCUCGUGAAAGACAAGUAACAGCGAUCGAAAAGAUUGAGGUACCUUUAAAUCGUAGAGCUUUCGCGAGAAAUGUUCUUACGUCGUAAGUCCCCACGAGAACAGGUAAAUAAAUUUUCUUAAGAAUAGACGAAUAAACAUCUUUUGUUUGUCUCAAUAUUUGUUUUCGUGGAAAUUUUCUGAAGUAUCUGUUCAAAAAUGUUCCAAAGUGUAACAUUUCUUUCUAAAAAAAAAAAAAAAAACAAAAAUCUUUCUGUAUGAAAUACAUAAAUUCUUUAAAAAAAAAAAAAACGAGAAGAACCUGUUAAUUUCGGUCGUUGGCAAACGGCAAUCCGAUUUAUUGUAAAUCGAAUUCGUUUACCACGGCACGCCGAUGUAACGAGCAUCGCAAAUAUUUAAACUCGCCAAGUUCCGCAAAUACGAUACUAACAGCGCAUGAAGCUUAAUUAUACGAUGCGAAACAUACUGUGGUUACUUACACAUACGUAGUACACUGUCGUAUAGGCAGCUAUAGCGUGCUUGUUUGCUUGCGGUAAAUGUACGAAAUGAUUAACGCGCUUUCAAUGGUGAUCGUCGUGAAAUCCACCGAGUGGAUCCUGCAAAGUGUAAAAUCAAAACGUGAUCUCUUUCGUGCUUUCCAAGUUAACUUGUAACUCUCUCUUUCUCUCUCUCUCUAUCUAUCUAUCAAUCUCUGUGCACGAGGAAACGUUCCAAGGACAAUAACCGACUUAACCAGUUAGAUCAUCCUCCAGCUAGACUUCGGAUAGAGCAAUAUUUCCCCUAAACGUAAAAAACCGUAUCCGUGAACGCUGCUAAUCGUAAUGUUCUGUGUGAAUCACAGCAGGGGAGGCAACAGCGGGAUGAAAAAGAAAAAAAUGAAAAAAAAAAAAGAAACCCAGGUAAGUAUAGACAUUUAGGCGUUUACUAAUUCACGCUCCUACACGCCAACUUCGCGCAAAUGUUCUUAUUUAACGCGAUACGUGUUUCGGUAUAAAGCAGAUCGUCGAUGGGUUUGCGAUAACGCUCCCGGAGAUACGUGCAUUCACGUAAGAUGAACAGACACCCACACACACACACACGUACAUAAAAGUGCAUACGAACGCAAACUUCUGUCUCGAGGAGAGUGUGUGAACGUGAUGAUAUUAAAUUACGUUUGAAAGCUUGAAUCGGUGAAGAUCGUUGUAAUUUCUGUUAUAACGUCUGUCUACCUCAGCUAAACUUUUCACCUGGAAAAGGAAGGGAAGAAAGAACAUUUCUUUUCGAAGGGAAUCGCGUAGAAUUAGGGGAUUUAGAAGGUAAGAAAUUACCGAACGGUAGUUCGGACGCAACUGGCGAAUUACCGAAAAUCGUGAAACACACACAAUAAGCGCGUUACGUUAAGCAUCCACGAAUCGGUACGUUAGUAUUUUAUUAAAAGUAACUUUUGUAACUGUGUCCGAG